AUGGCCUCAUCGUCACCAGCAGAGUCGCCCGCAGGAUCAUUGUCAUUUACCUCAUUGAACGACGAAAAGCCGACAACCAUUGUCCUUCUCCACGGAGGCUUUACAUGCCGCCUCGAAUUUGCGCUCGUGCUCCCGCACCUCUUUGAGUUCCACGUCCUUGUCCCUGACCUACCGUUACAUUCUGCGUCACGCCACAUUAAACCAGGCACGACCGACAACUCAGCCUGCUAUGUCGCACAACUCAUUCGAUGGCACGCCCAUGGCGGAAAGGCACACGUCGUUGGCGUCUCCAUGGGAGGCUACAUAGGCCAGUGCCUCGCCUUGCACCACCCCGACCUCGUCCUCUCACUCUUUGUUACAGGUGCUGCGCCAGUGGUCGGAAUACGCCUAUUCAUGGCGCGCUGGACAAGGCUGACCUAUUAUACUAUGAGGCUUAUGCUGCAUUGGCUCCCCGACUGGGUUUACCGGUACCAAGCUUCGCUACUUGGCCUGAAACUCAGCGACGAAUUGGUGGCUGAGAUGAGGGACAACAUCACUUGGGAGUUGGUCCAAGAUAUGUUCCCGUGGAUCUUGUCGUUCACCCUGGAUCAUGUGCACCAGUUGAAAGUACGGACACUGUCUGUUGCAGGGGCGCAAGGGGAUGAUGUGCCUAUGAUAGAGAAGACGGGCGAAGCGUUGAAGGGCACGCGGACUGAACAGGAUGUAGCGUGGCCUGAGGAUGGGUCGGGAGCAAUUGUGCUAAGGGAGGCAACGCAUGGAUGGGAUAUGCAGUUUCCGGAGCUCUUUGCCCAGGGGGUAUCGGCCUGGGUCAAGGGGGAGAGAUUGCCCAAUGAGUUUGAGAGGAUUUAG